ACUCUUCAUUGCCCUCACUCCCCUCACUCCCUAACUCUUGGGUCUUAUUCCUGCCGUGACAUCCGUUGUCUGCCUUUCUUCUCUACUCUUCCAUCUUCCACCUCUGCCCUGGCCAUUCCUGCUGCUGGGCUUCCCUAGUCCCAGCUUCAGGAUAGCCGCCUUGGAAGGAACUUGCUUUCCGGGAACUUGUGCCAUCGUUUGGCGGAGUGAGGAGCUGGAAUGGCGUCUCCGCUUGACUGUCGUACGAAGCACGGACCAGCGCUGGCCGUUGAGCUCUCGUCCCUCGUCUCAUCGCUCCACACCGCUCUUUCAGAUCACAAGCAGCGCUUUGAUAGCUUCUGGGAAACCCACAGGGAUAGAUACCAGGGUUUCCAGGCGGCCGUGUCCCCCUCUCCAGCCGUAUCAACAGACUGCCAUUUGUCUUCGAACCGAUCGCACAGUCGACCAGUAUUUCAUCGGCAGGGUAAGACGCGACGAGCGGCGAAGGGGUCGCCAGGAGCAGAGGGCCGUGCAGCCCUCCCUCUAGCCGCCAUAUCCAGCGCCAGAUUCGCCAAAACGCCGGCGGCUUCCGUGGCACGCGUGAAUGGCGAGAAGGCGGACGGCGCACCCGCUGUCACCAGCGUCAACUUCGGAAAAGCUUCCGCGUCGAUGCCACUCUCGGUCGCGUCCCUGAAAAGCGUAAGCUCGGAGGCGUCGGCCAUCGAAGAGCGCGCGCUGGCUUCCGAAGCACCGGCUGCUGCGGCUGCAGCGCUGGAUCGGGCGGGAAACGUCGAGAAGGCGGUGACGCGGCCGUCGCUGGUGCAGCUGCUGACGCAUCCCGUGGCGCUGCUCCGCGGCAUUCCCAAGGACGCCGCCUUCUUCAUCUCUGGCGCCGUCGCCGGCGCUGCCGCUAAAACCGUGACCGCACCGCUAGACCGUUGGAAGCUGAUGAUCCAGGUGAAGAGCGUUCUACCGGGGAAGGUUAUCCCGCCCACGGAGAUCAACCUCGUUAAGUCGUUUCUGGACAUUGGGAAGGAAGGAGGCAUCACGGCUUACUGGAAAGGCAACUUGCCUCAGGUCAUGCGCAUCGUGCCCUACAGCGCCGUGCAGCUCUUCGCCUACGAGCUCUACAAGAAGCAAUUCCGAGGGAGCAGCAAGGAGCUGUCGGUGCCGGCGCGGCUGGCGGCGGGGGCAUGCGCGGGGAUGACUUCGACGCUGGUGACGUACCCGCUGGACGUGCUGCGACUGCGCAUGGCGCUGGACACCACCAACGGGAGCAUCGCGCAGGUGGCGAUGGCGAUGGUGCGCGAGGAGGGAGCGAGGUCACUGUACAAGGGGCUGGGGCCUGCCCUGGUGUCCAUUGCGCCCUACAUUGCCCUCAACUUCUGUGCCUAUGACAUGAUAAAGCGCCGGGUGCCAGAGCAGUACCAGGGCACGCCUCAGGCGAACCUGGUGACGGCGCUGGCAGCCACGACGCUGGCGACGGUGUCGUGCUACCCCAUCGACACAAUCAGGCGCCAGAUGCAGAUGAAGGGCGCGCCCUUCAACUCCAUGAUCGAAGCCUUCCCAGGCAUAGUGAGGCGAGAUGGCUGGCUGGGGCUCUACCGAGGUUUCAUUGCCAACACGGUCAAGAACCUCCCUAACAGCAGUGUGCGUCUGACCACUUACGACGCCGUAAAGAACACUAUUCUUUCAGGCCACUCGCAGUGGGACCGCCUUGUUGCUGAGCGCAAGCGCCAGCUCAGCAAGGCCAGGUUGCCAACGAGGCAGAGUGCUGGAGCUGGGGCAAGCAGCAACAGCGUUUUAGCCACUGUUGCAAGGGCAUCUGAGCAAACAGUCGUUUGUUGAUGUCUUGCUCUCUUUUAUUGCACCUACUCAGUGAAGGCAUUUUACGUAGAAAGGACUUCUUGCAAGCAAGCGCCCUAAAAUUUCUCAGCAAUUUUACUAUUCUGAGGACCACCUGUGGGGUUAAUGCAGUACUGACAGAAAUGUAAUGACGUAUAUACUGCAACACUGAUUAUUGGAAACUUGAGAAGCGUGGAUAAUGGAGUACC